CGUAGUUAAGUUUACAAGUUCGCAAUGUACUCUGGUAGUGAGUGCCAAGGUUAGGGGGAGCUUGGUGAUUGGUCGACGCGCUGGCCCGACGUCACUGCUGUCAACCCACAACGUUUUCCUUCCAUUGCUCGACGACACCACUACAUUUACACAUUCCCAGCACAGCAUCGGCAAACACAUCAUGGCUAGACAACGAAAAACGCAGGCCAAGGCCAAAGACGGACCCACAAUCAAGCUUGCCCACCCAGACCGCGAUGGCACAAAGAUUGGCGGCAAAACAUUCAUCGAGCUCGCCGAGGAGCGCCAGUUGAUGCAGCAAGCCGACGAAAAGAUGGCUGCCAACAAAGGCAAAGCCAACAAUGGCUCUCUGCCUUCAAAAGCAACACGAAUUCCUCGUCCUCCCCAGCCAGAUCCUGAUGACAUGCUCUCACCAGAAGCCGAGCGCGUCAUCGAAGCCGCUCUCUGGACGGUCUCCCUCGCCAUGCUGCACUUUACGUUUGACGUGCUCGUUCAACAUCAAUACGGCGAGACCAUCCUCUGGCCCAGCAUUAUUUGGCGCGCCAUCCAAGCUUGGUGUGUCUUCGUCUUCAUCUUCUACGUUCUACACCCGCACAAGGCCAAUCCGACACCGCUUCCCUUUAUCCCGCUCCGCUACCAGGCUGCCGCUUCCCAAAUCAUCUUCUUCGCUAUCAGCGUAUGCAGCGGCUGCUACCUAAUCUACGUAACCAACAUGAAAGGAUACCUAGCCAACAUGAAGCGAGCACCACCCCUCGGCUGUCUCUGGCUCUGGGCUGUGCUGGAGCUUGAUCUUCCCUGGGCAGCCAGCAGCUGUGCCCUUGCUGGAUUGUUUCUAUACAUCAACGGCUACGAGUACAUGUGAUGGACCAAAAGUUAGGAUUAAUUGAAGCUAUUCACCCUCGUCUGUGCCUCCGACAACCCCGACGUCUCUGCCCUGCGCAGCCUGUGCUCCACGGCGCCCAUCCGCGACGAUAUCAUGCUCAAAUGUAAAAACUGCACCCGCGUGGUCAGCGCCUCCCGCUGCCGCACCAGCUCCAUGGCUUUGCCUCGCACACUAAGCCAUUCUAGUGCCACACUUGGCCGGCCUGCUUUUGUCCGCGGCAGGACCGUCCAAUUAUUCGAUUGCAUGGCUGUUGCAGCCUUGACUUCGAUAUCAGAUAUAAUCUCCAAGAGGCGUCGCUCGAGGUUGAGAACGUCAUCCAUGACAAACGCAAACAUUUGGUCUUCGCGCCGGCCCUUGAUGUAGUAGGGCGACGUGUCUGCUGCCGUCUUUUGUGCCUGCAGCAGGUCACCCAGCCACGUAGACUCUGUCUUGUACCAUGCCAGACUCUGCUUGACGCGCAUGUACUCGUCAUCGCUGUUCCGCAAGUACGUCAGGCGGGCGUAAACGGCUGCGGCGAUGGCGACAACAAAGGUCAAAACGCCCGCAACAUUGGCUGUAAUGGAAAAUGGCGAGUCGCCAUCGCUGUCUCCCAUAUUUUUAUUGCAUUUUGCUUUUGAGGUGCUGAGCGCAAAGAGGUGAGGUUGACAGGUCGUGAAGCUCCUUGCUGAAAGGGGCAAUAUGUCAAGUCAGCCUUGCACGUGAUGGAUAAGAUCCGACUACAUACAUAAUGACGACACAAUUUUUUCAUGUCCGGUUGUGCAACGAAAGUGAUAGAAGCGGUGAAUUUAAUUCUUUGAUUAUUCAAAGCUAGAGGUAGAGUUCUGGUGACUGUGCGGUGGGAACUUUGAAGUGUUCUGUUCGGUAUCAAGCUUUUCACAGUGACAAACUUAGCCAAACAAGCAUAAAUAUAACGACUUUACCAGUCAUAAUGUUCCGUUACAGUCAAAUUUCUCGCUCACAUCUCCCAAAACAACUUCUUUUACCAAAUUAACAACUUGCACAUCUCUGACUGACCCUCUACUGACCGCCAAAUGGAACCGACACCACCCGCCUCUGGACUUAGAAAAGAAAACUCCCGUCUAACACAAAC